GGGUCUAUACUAGACUGACGCCCAUCACCACAGUUGUAUAACUUUCUCCGUCGGGCUCUUCUUAGAGUUUUAAGCAGCCUGUCGUAUACUGCCCCUUUAACUUCUGAGCCGAUUUCCAGAAAGCAACAACCUGUAACAGGCUCAGCGAUCCUCCCCCUGAUGGAUUAUUUAGCAGGCGCUCAGUCCCAUGUCGCCAUCUGCUAUAGGAAGAAAAACACUGCGGGAUAUUCUCUCAGGCUCAUGAUACACGUUAGUAAACAGGGUAAACAAACAAAUUAAAACAAAAAGUAGUAUACUGGAACACAAAAACAAAAACGCGUGCAACAGGUGUUCAGCAUCCUGCGGGCGUCCCAGAGAAAAGAAGCGGACAACUGAGCCACACCGUCGGGCAGAAAUAUAGAAAGCAGGUUAGUUUACAGCUCAUUUCGACAAUAAUGGACUGAGGUAUUUUCUCCUCCAACAUGUAAAAAUCGCAUAUUAAAAUGUGUAUGAACGGAAAGGGAUCUUGCUUUUGAACCGUUGGGCUGUGCCGUGGGAAGAUGUGGAGCGAUCACUGAGCUGUCCCACAAUCAUUAACUGAGAUGAUCUGAAGCUUUUGCAAACACAAUGUCGACCUCAUCCGCACGGUGAACCGAUCGGACUCAACCCAGGCAACCAGCGGAAGGAGUCGUCCAGUCUGCGGCGGUCAUGGUGGUGGAGGGGGACAGUGCCCUGCUCGCCGCCAGGCAGGGGGACGUGCAGGCUCUGAGAGCGCAGUUAGCGGCAAAGGCGCUCACCAGCGACGUCAGGGAUGUGCUGGGGGCUUCACCGGUCCACCACGCAGCCCGGGCCGGGAAACUAACCUGUCUGCGGUUCCUGGUGGAGGAGGCAGGACUGCCGGGCAACUGCGUGGCGAACAACGGGGCAAGCCCGGCGCAUGACGCGGCAGCCACGGGCAACCUGGCCUGCUUACAGUGGUUGCUGACCCAGGGAGGAUGUCGGCCAGAGCAAAGGGACAGUUCUGGUGCCACUGUUCUUCACCUUGCAUCCCGCUUCAGUCACCAUGAGGUCACUGACUGGCUGCUGAAGAGCGGUGAGGUGGACCCCGGGGCCUCCACAGAAACAGGUGCCCUACCUGUUCACUACGCUGCUGCCAAGGGAGACCUGCCCUCACUCCGACUGUUGCUAGGGCACAGCCCAAACGUUGUCAACUCCCAAACUAAGAAUGGUGCCACGCCGCUCUACCUGGCCUGCCAGGAGGGUCAUCUGGAGGUCGUCCAAUACCUGGUCAAGGAUUGUGGGGCAGAUCCGAGCAUCAGAGCCAAUGACGGGAUGACACCUCUGCAUGCAGCUGCCCAGAUGGGCCACAACACAGUGAUCGUCUGGCUAAUGAGUUUCACGGAGAUCAGCCUGGCAGGCAGGGAUGGUGACGGGGCCACGGCCAUGCACUUUGCAGCCAGUCGGGGUCAUUCGAAGGUGCUCAGCUGGCUGCUGCUGCAUGGCGGAGAAAUCGUCACUGACAACUGGGGAGGGACCCCGCUUCACGACGCCGCAGAGAACGGUGAACUGGAGUGCUGUCAGAUCCUUGUGGUCAAUGGGGUGGACCUGGGCAUCAGGGACCAGGAUGGCUUCACAGCAGCAGACUUGGCUGAAUAUAACGGCCACUCCCAGUGUGCCAAGUAUCUGCGCACUGUGGAGAACAUGAGUGUGGAGCACCGUGUUUUGUCUCGGGACCCGUCAACGGACCUCGAGUACAAGCAGCCGGACUCGGGCCUCUCGUCCCCAAACACCACCAUGCCCCCCACCAGCCAGGCAGCACACUUUGACAUCAGUUCCCCAUCCAGCUCGUUGUCCAACUACGACUCAGCCAACUCCAGCCAGUCCAGCACUGGGGAGAAAAGGAGCAGCCUGACAACGUCACGAGGGCCGCCCACUCAGCUAAACACAGUCGCACACACAGGUGCAUCAGAAUCAGCCAUUUCCGACAUGCAGGCGUAUAUGGACAUGCUUAACCCAGACAUUAGCUCGGACGUGCCCAAGAAGAAUGAGACACCUGCCGAUGCCGUCUCCAAGCCCCCGCCACCACCAGCCUAUCCACCACCACCUCCCCCACAGUCUCCCCCGGCACUCCCUCCACCCCCAAGCUACCCAGCACCACAGCCCCCUAAGGAGCCGUCGUCAGCUGAGUUCCUGAAGGUGAAGAGUAACUUGCGGCACGUGGAGAGCAACACCGGCAAGAAGGAGCAGCUGAUUCCUGGAGAAAGUCACGACAAACUGCGGCGCGUUGACUCAAACAGGAAGUCAAGGAGCUUCAGCAAGCAGCCCAGCACUGGGGACUACUACAAGACGUUGGGCAGUGACACAGCCGAGCCCCAAGAGAGCAAAGGCAUGGCGCCCAACGAGGAGGGCUCCUUGUUAUUGGAGGAGCCUACUGAUGGCCCCGCCCACAGCUCUGAGAAUGGCACCACACAGGAAUCGGUAGUGCCCCCACCGCCUCCACCUCCACCACCUCUUCCCCCAAGCAACCCGACGCCAACACCCCCUCCGCCUCCUCCACUUCCCCCAGAGACGCCAACCACCCAGAAUUACUCUGCCAGUAGCACCUCCACCAACCAGAGACGUCCUUCUUCCUCAUCAGGAAGCGGGGAUAUGUCUGCCCCUCAGGCAGAAGGAGGGGUCCCGAGACAAAUGAAGAGCACAAAAUCUUUCAACAUGAUGUCCCCCACUGGCGACAACUCGGAGCUGCUGGCAGAGAUCAAAGCAGGGAAGAGCCUCAAGCCCACACCUCACAGUAAAGGCUACACCACUGUCUUCUCCAGCAACGCACCCACAGGCAACAAUGGAAACACCGCAUCUCCACCAGAGACCCGCACAUCUAGCCCACCACCCAAGCCGCCAUCCCCUCCUCCAUCAAAUACGUCUGUCACUUCUCCACCUACCACCCCUAGUCCCAGCCCCAGUCCAACUGGCUCCGGAUCUGCCAGGACCAUGUCAAGCUCUGCGAGCUACGAGCAACUGUCCUCCAGCUCUGUGGUCAAUGGGAACAGUGGUGGCAGCAUGGCAGGAGCAGAAUCAGGGCGGAAGCUGAGCCUUGCAGAUGUGGAGGCACUAGUGCCUACUCAUGAUGAACAGGGGAAAGCGAUCCCUGAAUGGAAGAGGCAGGUGAUGGUGCGAAAGCUUCAGGUCAAGAUGCAAGAGGAAGAGGAGCACAAGCGCAAGGCUGAGGAAGAGGCUGCACGCCUGGCAUCAAUGCCAGCCUGGAGGAGAGACAUGAUGAAGAAAAAAUUGGACGAAGAUAGAUGUGACAGGGAACAAAAACGAAAAGCGGAACAGCAGGCCAAACAGGCCAAGGAGAAAGAGGAGAAGACGGAGCAGGAGCGACUACGGAUCCUCGGCUAUGACGAGACCAAGCUGGCCCCCUGGCAGCGACAGAUCAUUCUGAAGAAAGGGGAUAUAGCCAAACAGUGAACUGGGCCAUCUCCCCUUCCUAUGCCCUGCAUCACUCCCCACCCUCACACACCCACCCCAAGGCCUUCACUGAACACCUCCCCCCUCCUUGAUCCUCCACCUUGCACUGUACACUGGACAGGGGGAAGGGGCUUGUCUCCUCUAAACCCUGUUUCACUCUUGGGCCUCCAGACACACAGGACCAUGCUGUGGUUGCCGCUGUCCUGCUUUGUGGCUCAGCUUGGGUGAAACGCAGUGGCAGGACCCACCACCUCCAAUUAAACACAAACUUUUGGUCUUUUAGUGCUAAGAAUAGCUGUGACUGCACUGAUUCCCUUCACUUAAGACAUUUGCUAUAAAAGCAUCUGUGCUUAACUAAAUUAAGAUUAUCUGUAGUAUCUUUCACUUUGCUUUCCUGAUCAAUAGAAGCUAUUUCACAUAGAAGAUUUAGUCAAACAGAGGAGUUUCUGAUAGUUGGGAAGGGGCAACUUGUGAGCAUUCUUUCCACAGGGCCUGUCAUCACGUUUAUUUUCCCUCUUACUAGCCUCACUCACCAUUAUGUAACGAAUGAAAAAGUAGCUCCAUAACAGUUGUGUCAUCUAAAGAUGGCAUUGACAUACUCAGCAAAGGCUUAUUAACCCCUAAAGCAGCCAAUGCAUUCUGUAUGUAGACAUUAUCCCAUCUUUAUCAUGGUAUAUACUUAGUCAUGAGGUUUUUGUAUCAAGUUCAUAGAAGCACUUUCUACUGCCAGAGUUGUAAUCUUAGCACGGCUCAAACUAAUCUGUUUCCUUAGAUAAGCUUGUUAUCAUUUCUCUGUGGAUUUGGAAUAUUAAUAUAUAUCCUAUUUUAAAAGAUGUAAAGAUUAUAUGUAGCUGUGCAAAUUGAAUUUUAUUAAUUAUCACUGGACGAAAGCUGCAAUGUUCCAAUGUCAUUUUUCUAUAUGUUCUAAAUGUUAAGCUGUUGUGAUCAUGAAUGUGAAAUGUUGUGUGCAUGUGUAAUGUGUAUCAAGCAUGUUGUGAUGUAUUAUUAAGCACAUUUGACCCCAGGGCCCUGGAUUUUCGUGAAAAACAAAGACACACAACGGGAGCACAAUCCUGCUAGAUUUCUAUUUGAACAUGGCCUUUUUUUUUUAAACACACACACAAAAAAAACAAAACAUGCACAUGUGGAGAGCAGCAUCUUACACCAAACGUCUCAUCUGCACACUGAAUAUUGCAAAAGUACUGAAAAGUCAUCAGUUUGUCCUGUGUCCUGUUCCGGCCUUUGUCCCACUAACCUGGAGGAUAAAUGUUUGAUGAGCCGAUCUGCUUACAGAAUGCAGAGUACUCUCUGUCAGCCAGAAACAGCCGUAACAUCUAAAAUUUACUGUCCCUUAGAUAAUACCAGCUGUGUAUUAGUAAUCUGCAGCUGUUAGUGAGAACAGUCUAGUUUCAAUACUGAACCUGAUGGCUUUAGAGUAGAACUGACACAAAUGGACUUAUUAUUAUACAGCUCAUGUUAUUCAUCAUUUCUUUGGUCUAAACUGGUUUUUUUUUACAGUUCCAGGUUUUGCAGCAGACCUUGGAUUCACAUAUUUGGGGAUAAAUAUGCAAAUAUGGGAAAUGUGUGUUAAAUGUUUUCUAGCAGAACUGAGAAGACACAUUUUAAAUGUUAGCAGGGCAUAAGUCUGCACUGACAUUUAAGAGCAACUGAACCUCACAAUCAAGCUGGAUGUCACUUGCUGAGUGAGACACAUACAUUUUCCCACAUGAUGGAAAAUAUUCUCUAUGUUUACUACAGUUAUGUCUGAUGUACAUUUUUACAAAUGUAGCUACACAUCAUGUCGUCAUGAAAGACAUGGUCCUGGUUGGGGAAUCAUUUGGAAAUAUUCUAAUUCACUGUCAUUGGAUGCCAUAUGAUGUUGAAAUUAAAAAUGAUGUAAACGUCAUUGCCAUUUGAUUUUCUAUAUAUAUAUUUCAACUGUGUAUAUAGCCACCCUCUCAGAAUGUUGUCGUUUCAUUGUUUCCAUAUUGAAUUAUAUUACAUGUUUCAGCCUUGCUUGAAUAGACUUUUGGCUAAUUCAUGUAUAAUUAUAUUUUCAGACUGUUAAAAAUGAAGAUAAUAAAUCUUUUAUCACCAAAUAA